AUGUUUCAGGGCGCAAUGAAGGGGGUUGCAUCAGCAGCCGAGGCAUCUGCUUGCUACUGCACGUUCACAAGCCCUGAAAAAGGAGCCUCCAGCUUCAGCCAACAAAAGCAGCUGAAGGUGGAGCCUGCGGACAAUGCCAGCACCCUGAUUGCACGUCUGCCCAGCUCCCUAGCCACUGAGCUGCCCAGGGAAAAUACUUUCCUAGAGGAGAUCGCUGCCGUGCUGUCCCUUGGGACACUAUUUGGGCUGGUGUGGCUGGGGCCAUGGCUGGGCAUGGCGUUUGUGUACAUGGUGUUUGUGCAGCAGAGCCAGCGCGCGCUGCUGAUCGGCGCCCUGCUGUUUGCCGAGACCUACCUCCCUGCGGGCCAGGCAAGCGCUUCAAACUUUCCUUCGCAUAUAUAA